AUGCCGUCUGGGGCCGCCGCCGCUGAGCCCCGCAGAGCCGCGCGCCCCUCGGGCUGCCACUCCGCUCCUGCUCCACUCCGUUCCUCUCGACUCCGUUCCCCUCCGUAUCCGCCCUGGCGGCCCGACCAUGUCCCGGCCGCGGCCCCCGGCCGCCGCCUGCCGCGCAGCCCGGGCCGGGCGCGAUGGGGGCCGCCGGCGGCCAGAGCGCCCACCUGGGGCCCGGCCGCCCGCCGCGCUCCCUGCUGCUGCUGCUGCUCAGGCUGCUGCUGCUCGUCGGGGUCCCGGGGGCCGCGCGGGCCCAGGGCACCGAGUUCCACGAGCUGUGCAGUUACACAUGGGAAGCUGUUGAUACCCAAAAUAAGAUGCUAUAUAAAAUCAGCAUCUGUGGAAAUGUGGACAUUGCCCAGUGUGGGCCAUCAAGUGCUAUUUGUAUGCAUGACUUGAAGACCAACAGCUAUCAUUCUGUGGGUGACUCUCUUUUGAAAAGUGCAACCAAAUCUCUUAUGGAAUUCAACACAACAGUGAGCUGUGGACAGCCAAGCACAAAUCACAGAGUCCAGAGUAGCAUCACCUUCUUAUGUGGGAAAACCUUGGGAACUCCAGAAUUUGUAACAGCAACAGGCUGUGUACAUUACUUUGAGUGGAGGACGGCAGCAGCCUGCAAGAAGGACACAUUUAAAGCUAACAAAGAGGUGCCGUGCUAUGCAUUUGAUGGAGAGUUAAAGAAGCAUGAUUUAAAUCCACUGAUCAAGAUUAGUGGUGGUUACUUGGUGGAUGACUCGGACCCAGACACUUCUCUAUUCAUCAACGUCUGUAGAGACAUAGACUUGCUGAAGAACUCCAGUCCACAGUUGCGUGCAUGUCCCCCCGGCACUGCUGCCUGCCUGGUGAGAGGGGACCAGGCGUUUGACGUUGGCCAUCCCAAAGAGGGACUGAAGCUCCUGAGCAAGAACAGGCUUGUCUUGAGUUACGGGAAAGAAGAGGCUGGGAAGCCAGACUUCUGUGAUGGCCACAGCCCCUCAGUGACGAUUACAUUUGUCUGUCCAUCUGAGCGCAGAGAGGGCACCAUUCCCAAGCUCACAGCUAAAUCCAAUUGCCGCUAUGAAAUUGAGUGGAUCACCGAGUAUGCCUGCCACAGAGAUUAUUUGGAGAGUGGAACCUGCUCUCUGAGCAACGAGCAGCAUAACAUUGCCAUUGACCUUCAGCCACUCAGACAGGACACAGCAUCACCAUUUCCUUACUAUACCUCAGACGGAAAGGAAUAUAUUUUUUAUUUGAGUAUCUGUGGAGAGACUGGAGUGAAAGUCUGUAAUAAGAAAGAGGCUGCAGUCUGCCAAGUGAAAAAGUCUCAGUCUCCUCAAGUCAAAGUAGCAGGAAAACAUCAGAAUCUGACCCUCCGAUACUCUGAUGGAGACCUCACCUUGAUAUAUUCUGGAGGCGAUGAAUGCAGCUCAGGCUUCCAGCGGAUGAGCGUCAUAAACUUUGAGUGCAAUAGGACCGCAGCUAAUGAUGGAAAAGGAGCUCCUGUGUACACUGGGGAGGUGGACUGCACCUACUUCUUCACAUGGGACACGAAGUACGCCUGUGUGGAAGAGAAGGAGGGUCUCCUGUGCAGCGUCGCAGAUGGGAAGAAGAGGCACGACCUGUCCGCUCUGGCACGGCACUCAGAACCGGAACAGAAUUGGGAAGCUGUGGAUGGCAGCCAGAGGGGAACAGAAAAGAAGCAUUUCUUCCUCAAUAUCUGCCACAAAGUGCUGCAGGAAGGCCAGGCGAGAGGCUGCCCUGAAGAUGCAGCUGUGUGCUCUGUCGAUAAGAGUGAAUUUAAAAAUCUGGGCAAAUUUAUUUCUUCUCCGACAAAAGAGAAAGGAAAUAUUCAGCUCUCUUAUUCAGAUGGUGAUGACUGUGGCAAAAAUAAGAAAACACAGACAAACAUAACACUUAUAUGCAAGCCAGGUGAUCUGGAAAGUGCUCCAGUGUUGAGAACGUCCACGGAGGACGGUUGCUUCUACGAGUUUGAGUGGCACACGGCUGCUGCCUGCGUGCUCUCCAAGACGCAGGGAGAGAACUGCACGGUCUUUGAUUCCCAGGCAGGAUUUUCUUUUGAUUUGUCACUGCUCACAAAGAAGAAUGGUAGCUACAAAAUUGAGACCAAGAAGUAUGACUUUUAUAUAAACGUCUGUGGUCCGGUGUCUGGAAGCCCCUGCCAGCAGGACUCAGGGGCCUGCCAGGUGGCAAAAAGUGAUAAGAAGGCUUGGAACUUGGGACUGAGCAAUGCUAAACUUUCAUAUUACGAUGGGAUGAUCCAGUUGAACUACAAAGAUGGUUCGCCCUAUAAUAAUGAGAAGCACACACCAAGAAUGACACUGAUCACCUUUCUUUGUGACCGAGACGCUGGAGUAGGUGUCCCUGAGUACCAGGAGGAAGAUAACUCUACCUACAACUUUCGGUGGUAUACCAGUUACGCCUGCCCAGAGGAGCCCCUGGAGUGUGUGGUGACUGAUCCUGCCACCCUGGAGCAGUACGACCUCUCCAGUCUAGCAAAGGCGGAAGGCAGUCGUGGAGGAAAUUGGUAUGCCAUGGACAAUGCAGGCGAGCACAGCACCUGGAGGAAGUACUACAUAAAUGUGUGUCGGCCUCUGAACCCCGUGCCAGGCUGUGAUCGGUACACAUCAGCCUGCCAGAUGAAGUAUGAGAACAAUCAAGGCUCAUUUUCUGAGGCAGUCACCAUCAGUAACCUGGGAAUCGCAAAGACGGGCCCUGUCGUGCAGGACAGCGGCAGCCUUCUCCUGGAGUAUGUGAAUGGCUCUGCCUGCACCACAAGUGACGGGAGACUGACCACCUACACUACACGCAUCCACCUCAUCUGCUCCAGGGGCAGCCUGAACACCCACCCCAUAUUUUCUCUCAGUUGGGAGUGUGUGGUCAGUUUCCUGUGGAACACAGAGGCUGCCUGUCCUGUCCAGACAGCAGCAGACACGGACCAGGCCUGCUCUAUAAGGGAUCCGAACAGUGGGUUUGUGUUCGAUCUUAACCUCCUAAACAGUUCCCAAGGAUACGUGGUGUCGGGCAUUGGGAAGACUUUUCUGUUUAAUGUGUGUGGCACAAUGCCAGUCUGUGGCACCUUCAAUGGGAAGCCAGCUUCUGGCUGUGAGGCAGAAACCCAGACAGAAGAGCUAAAGAAUCUGAAGCCAGGAAGGCCGGUUGGAUUAGAGAAAAGUCUCCAGCUGUCCACCGAGGGCUUUAUAACUCUGACUUACAAAGGACCUCGUUCCUCUGCCAAAGGGAAUGCUGAUACUUUUAUUAUCCGCUUUGUCUGCAAUGAUGAUGUUUACCCUGGAAACCCCAAAUUCCUGCAUCAAGACAUUGACUCUAGCCUGGGGAUCAGAAACACUUUAUUUGAGUUUGAAACUUCAUUGGCCUGUGUACCUUCUCCAGUGGAUUGCCAAGUCACAGACCUUGCUGGAAAUGAGUAUGAUCUGAGUGGCUUAAACAAAGUCAAGAAGCCCUGGACUGCUGUUGACACCUCGGCUGAUGGAAAAAAGAGAACUUUCUAUUUGAGUGUUUGCAGUCCUCUCUCAUAUAUUCCUGGAUGCCGUGGCAGUGCAGUAGGGUCUUGCCUGGUGUCUGAAGACGGUAGCUGGAACCUGGGCAUGGUGCAGAUAAGUCCUCAAGCUACAGCUAACGGGUCCCUGAGUAUUGUCUAUGUCAACGGCGACAGGUGUGGAAACCAGCAGCGCUUCUCCACCAGGAUAACAUUUGAAUGUGCUCAGACUUUGGGAUCACCAACAUUUCAGCUCAAGGAUGAUUGUGAGUAUGUGUUUGUCUGGAGAACAGUGGAAGCCUGCCCCGUUGUCAGAGUGCAAGGAGAAAACUGUGAGGUCAAAGACCCAAGGCACGGUAACUUGUAUGACCUGAAACCUCUUGCCGUGAAUGAUACUAUCGUGAGUGCUGGGGAAUACACCUAUUACUUCCGGGUCUGUGGACAGCUGUCCUCCGGCGUCUGCCCAACUGAUGACAGGUCCAAGGUGAUCUCCUCAUGCCAGGAAAAGCGGGGGCCACAGGGCUUUCACAAAGUAGCAGGUCUCCUUACUCAAAAGCUGACUUAUGAGAAUGGAUUGUUGAUAAUGAACUACACCGGGGGGGACACCUGUCAUAAAGUGUACCAGCGCUCCACAGCCAUCUUCUUCUAUUGUGACCGAGUCACGCAGAAGCCGGUGUUUCUCAAGGAGACUUCAGAUUGCUCCUACCUUUUUGAGUGGCGAACCCAGUAUGCCUGUCCACCUUUCGAUGUGACCGAAUGUUCAUUCAAACCCAUGUUCAUCAGCGCAGUGGAGGACUGUGAGUACACCUUCUCCUGGCCCACCGUGGCAGCCUGUCCUGUGAGGAACAACGUGCACGAUGACUGCCAGGUCACCAACCCCGCCACAGGACACCUGUUUGAUCUGAGCUCUCUGAGCGGCAGAGCCGGGUACACUGCCGCCUACAGUGAGAAAGGUCUUGUCUACCUGAGCAUCUGCGGGGAGAAUGAGAACUGCUCCCCAGGCAUGGGGGCCUGCUUCGGCCUGACCAGGAUCAGUGUGGGCAAGGCAAACAAGAGGCUGACCUACACCGACCAGGUCUUACAGCUGGUGUAUGAGGAUGGCUCCCCCUGUCCUUCCAAAUCCGGCCUGAGCUAUAAGAGUGUGAUCAGCUUUGUGUGCAGGCCCGAGGCCGGGCCCACCAACAGGCCCCUGCUCAUCUCCCUUGACAAGCAGACGUGCACCCUGUUCUUUGCCUGGCACACACCUCUGGCUUGCGAGCAGGUGAUGGAAUGUUCUGUGAGGAAUGGAAGCUCCAUUAUUGACUUGUCCCCCCUCAUCCACCGCACGGGGGGCUACGAGGCAUAUGACGAGAGUGAAGAUGAUGCAUCUGACACCAACCCUGACUUCUACAUCAACAUCUGCCAGCCGCUGAACCCCAUGCAUGGGGUGCCUUGUCCUGCUGGGGCUGCUGUGUGCAAAGUCCCUGUCCAUGGCGCCCCCAUCAACUCUAGACCCAUGUUCAUCAGCGCAGUGGAGGACUGUGAGUACACCUUCUCCUGGCCCACCGUGGCAGCCUGUCCUGUGAGGAACAACGUGCACGAUGACUGCCAGGUCACCAACCCCGCCACAGGACACCUGUUUGAUCUGAGCUCUCUGAGCGGCAGAGCCGGGUACACUGCCGCCUACAGUGAGAAAGGUCUUGUCUACCUGAGCAUCUGCGGGGAGAAUGAGAACUGCUCCCCAGGCAUGGGGGCCUGCUUCGGCCUGACCAGGAUCAGUGUGGGCAAGGCAAACAAGAGGCUGACCUACACCGACCAGGUCUUACAGCUGGUGUAUGAGGAUGGCUCCCCCUGUCCUUCCAAAUCCGGCCUGAGCUAUAAGAGUGUGAUCAGCUUUGUGUGCAGGCCCGAGGCCGGGCCCACCAACAGGCCCCUGCUCAUCUCCCUUGACAAGCAGACGUGCACCCUGUUCUUUGCCUGGCACACACCUCUGGCUUGCGAGCAGGUGAUGGAAUGUUCUGUGAGGAAUGGAAGCUCCAUUAUUGACUUGUCCCCCCUCAUCCACCGCACGGGGGGCUACGAGGCAUAUGACGAGAGUGAAGAUGAUGCAUCUGACACCAACCCUGACUUCUACAUCAACAUCUGCCAGCCGCUGAACCCCAUGCAUGGGGUGCCUUGUCCUGCUGGGGCUGCUGUGUGCAAAGUCCCUGUCCAUGGCGCCCCCAUCGAUAUUGGCCGAGUCACAGGACCUCCAAUACUCAAUCCCAUAGCUAAUGAAGUUUAUUUGAAUUUUGAAAGUAGUACUCCUUGCUUAGCAGACAGGCAUUUCAACUACACCUCGCUGAUUGCAUUUCACUGUAAGAGAGGCGUAAGCAUGGGAACACCUAAGCUGCUGAGGACCAGUGACUGUGACUUUGUGUUCGAGUGGGGGACCCCGCUGGUCUGUCCAGAUGACGUGAGGACUGAGGGCUGCUCCCUGACGGAUGAGCAGCUGUACUACAGCUUCAAUUUGUCCAGCCUUUCCAAGACCACCUUCAAGGUGACUAGAGACUCACACACGUACAGUGUGGGUGUGUGUACCGCGGCUGUGGGCAUGGACCAAGGAGGCUGUAGGGAUGGAGGCGUCUGUCUGCUCUCUGGGAGCAAGGGGGUGUCUUUCGGACGGCUGGCGUCAAGGAGACUGGAUUAUAGGCACCAGGAUGAAGCCGUUAUCUUAAGUUAUGCCAAUGGAGACAGUUGCCCUCCAGAAACUGUUGAAGGCGUGCCCUGUGUGUUCCCCUUCCUGCUCAAUGGGAAGAGCUAUGAGGAGUGUGUUCUGGAAGGCAGGGCUGAGCUCUGGUGCGCUACCACCGCAAACUACGACCGAGACCAUGAAUGGGGCAUCUGCAGGCACUCAAAGAGCCACCGGACGUCUACUAUUAUCUUUAAGUGUGAUGAAGAUGCUGAUAUUGGGAAACCUCAGGUCUACAGUGAAAUUCGUGGGUGUGAGGUGACGUUUGAGUGGAAAACAAACGUAGUCUGUCCUCCAAAGAAGAUGGAGUGCAAGUUCAUUCAGAAGCACCGAACCUACGACCUGCGGCUGCUGUCCUCGCUCACUGGGUCCUGGUUCUCUGUCCACGAAGGAGUCUCGUACUAUGUAAACCUGUGUCAGAAAGUAUACAAAGGCCCCCCCGGCUGCUCAGGAAGAGCCAGCAUUUGCAAAAAGAGUGCGUCUGGAGUCGUCCAGGCCUUGGGGCUCGUUCACACCCAGAAGCUGGAUGUCAUAGAUGACAGAGUUGUGGUUACCUAUUCCAAGGGUCAUCCGUGUGGGGAAAACAAGACUGCGUCCACAGUCAUAGAGCUGACCUGUGCAAAGACAGUGGGCAGGCCUUCCUUCAAAAGGUUUGACCCGGACAGCUGCACUUACUACUUCAGCUGGGACUCGCGGGCUGCCUGUGCCGUGAAGCCUCAGGAGGUGCAGAUGGUGAAUGGCACCUUCACAAACCCUACAAACGGCAAGAGCGUCAGCCUUGGGGAUAUUUAUUUUAAGCUGUUCAGUGCCUCUGGAGACAUGAGAACAAAUGGGGACAAGUACUUGUAUGAAAUCCAGCUUUCUUCCAUCACAAGCUCCAAAAACCCAGCAUGCUCUGGGGCCAACAUCUGCCAGGUUAAACCGAAUGAUGAACGCUUCAGUAGGAAGGUUGGAACCUCUGAUAAAACCAAAUACUAUGUUCAAGAUGGCGAUCUGGAUGUGGUGUUUGCCUCAUCCUCUAAAUGUGGGAAAGACAAGACAAAGUCCGUCUCUUCCACCAUCUUUUUCCACUGUGACCCUUUGGUGAAGGACGGGAUUCCUGAGUUCAGCCAUGAGACUGCUGACUGCCAGUACCUCUUCUCCUGGUACACUUCUGCAGUGUGUCCCCUGGGGGUGGACCCCAACAGCGGUGCAGGAGAUGACCAGCAGGAGCACAGGGGGCUCUCAGAGAGAAGCCAGGCUGUCGGGGCCAUCCUCAGCCUGCUGCUGGUGGCGCUCACCGGCUGCCUGCUGACCCUGCUGCUCUACAAAAAGGAAAGAAGGGAAACGGUGAUGAGUAAGCUGACCAAUUGCUGCCGAAGAAGUGCCGGUGUGUCCUACAAAUACUCAAAGGUGUGCAAGGAGGACGAGGUGGAUGAGAAUGAAACUGAGUGGCUGAUGGAAGAGAUUCAGCUGCCGAGCCCGAACCCUGGAAAAGAAGGACAGGAAAACGGCCACAUUACCACAAAGUCUGUGAAAGCCGAAGCCCUCACAUCUCUGCACGGGGAUGACCAGGACAGUGAGGAUGAGGUCCUGACCAUCCCGGAGGUGAAACUUCACUCAGGCAGGGGGACCGGGGUGGAUGGCGCACACCCCACGAGAACCCCACAGAGGAAGACGCUGCGGGCGAGAGCGGAUGACAGGGUGGGGCUGGUGAUGGGGGCAAAGACCAGGAGAGGGCAGCCCAGGUCUGCACAGCCCAAGGCGGGGGCCCCAGGCAGCCUGGAGUCCUUCCACGACGACAGCGACGAGGACCUUUUACACGUCUGAACUCCUGGUGCCUACACGGGGGUGUGGGUCCGUGGCACAGCCGGGCACCUCUAACCAAAUAAGACUUCGACUUGAUGCUUCUAUCGUUUUUGCCUUUAAUGAAAACUGUUUCAAAAGGGAAGAGUUUUUGUGAUGAGGGAGAGGGCGAGGAGGUCAGGUGCCGCUCAUCUGUGAUUGUUUACAGUCGCUGGAAUGGGGCACCACUCAGUCGCCAGAGGGCAAUGCCGGGGGCCCUGGGUUUUGUCCCCAGUUCUCACUUAAAAGCAUGGCUGCUGUGCCCUCAUCACAUGCGCUCGAGCCAGUUGCGUCUCAGAACAGAGGGCUCUAUUUGAGAAAAACCCUUGCUGCUUUAGGUCCUGUAGGGUAUUGACCAUUAUAUUUUAGCAUUUAAUUCUGUCCUCCUAUUUAUUGACUUUGAAAAUUACUCAGGUUUGUGAAAAAGGAAAAGAAAAACCCAACAGUUUUUUCCUGCCGGCAGGGGUAAAGUACUGGUUCAUCCACUGUCAGAGGGGAAGCUGUCGGUGUGCUAGGAUGGUUUCGUAGGAGGUUUUGAACUGGUCAACCAUGUAUCCCCUAGGUUGGAAUACUCCAUUCUGUCUCUUUUCCUUUUUGCUUCCCAAUUUUUAAGGGAACAUACACGUGCACGCUCACACGUGCGCAGGGCUCCCUGAGUGCCAAGGCUUUGGAGGGUCUCCUGUUCGCUGCCUUUGUUUAGUAACAGCUGCAGCUUUUUCCAUGACAUCUUCAGUCCUAGGGGCACAGAGCACAUUUAUCAGUAUUUCUUUGGCCUGCUGGUGAAUUCAGAAACCCUCCCAAAGAUUAUUUUGUGUAUGUGUGAGAGAAUGGAAUUGAGAUGUCAGAGAAAAUAACUUUUCCAGAUUUGGGGUAUAGGUCUCACCUCUUCAGGUUCUCAUGAUACACCUUUACUGUGCUUAUUUUUUUUAAGAAAAAAAGCAUUUAUCAACCAUUCGGACCUAUAAGAAGCCUUAAUUUGCACAGUGAUUGACUUGCGGAAAUUGCAUGAAAGCCAGUGGGCCGGAGUCUCGCCCUCUGGCACUGCACGUGAGAGUCCUGCUCUGGGGACAGCCGUGGUUGGACCUUGCAGGGCUGCGGGAUGGGGGUGGGGGCAGGACCCUGUCCUUCCUAGGCUGUUGAAGUGUUCAAUGAAUGAAUUUUCUUGCAUUACAGAAUUGUACAUAGACCUAGUGGUGUUCAAAUACUGAAAAGCAAACCAACCACCUUACAAAAUUUCUUGGUUUGUGCUCAGUUUGGCUGGCUUAUUUGAUUUCAACAUGAGUGUAUUUUUAAAAAUUGUUAUCUGCCCUCAUUUUUUCCAAUCAAAUUUACUGUAAAGUAUUCAACAAUUUCAAUAAAAGAUAAAUUAUUA